AUGAACUUGAAAAAAUUAAAUGUUAUUCUUGCAACGGAAAAUAAAGAAAUUCAACGAAAAUAUGAAAUUGAAUUAGAAAAGGCUCAUGCAUGUGCAAAUUUUUUAGAAGAUACUCAACGUGCACUUGAACAUGAAAAACAACAUAAGAAUCAAAUAGAUGCAAUAAAUCGUGAAUUAGCAGAAAAAAUUAUUCAUUCUGAACGACAAUUAACGGAACUUAAUGAUCAACUUUCAUUGGAACUUGAUAAUAGUAUACGUUUAAAAAAACAAAAUCAAGAAUUACAAAAAACUUGUGCAUAUUUUGAACGUGUUUAUCAUGAAUCAAAUGAGAAAUAUCAAGAAUUAAUUAGUAUUAAACUUCAAAUUGAAAAAGAUUUUCAUGCACAACAAUCAGAUAAUGAUCAAGAGAAGAAUGCAAAGUUUUUAGCAUUAGAAAAAAUUCAAGAACUCGAAGAAUUACAUGAAUCAGAACGGCAAGUAAAAGAAUUACGUAAAAAAGUUGAAGAAGAACGUGCUAUGAAACAAUCUUUGGUUGAAAAAUUACUCCAAGUUGCAACAAAUCCAUUAGUUAAAAAACCAUUCCUUUCUCAAACAGCAGGUGGUAGUAAUCGUCGACUCGAUCGUAAUGAACGUAAUGCUGUACGACGUCUUGAACAAGAAUUAGAAGUGGAACGUUCGAAAUAUAAAAAUUUACAAAAUGAAAAAGACGAAGAUGUAUCAGCAUUAACUGAAGAUAUCAAUAAAUUAAAACGUGAAUUAGAUUCACGACAAGAAGAUAUUGAGAGAUUGAAACAACAACUUGACUCACGCAGUUCAAUUGAUAAUAUCUCUACGAUUACCGAAGAAACAGACGAAGAUACAAAAGAAAGUUGGGUACAAAUUCCAAAAAAAAGUAAUAUUCAAAAGAAUGGAUGGAAAAAACAACUUGCAGUUAUGACAAAAAAUAAAUUACUUUUAUUCAAUUCGGAAAGAGAUCAACAAGCUGCACUAUCAAUUGAUAUCGAUAAAUUAUAUCAUGUUCGUGCUGUAAAUCAAGGCGAUGUAAUUCAUGCUAAUCCAAAUGAAAUCCCAAAAAUAUUUCAAAUUAUUUAUGAUAGUCAACUUCAUACACUACCAAAUUUAGUUUCUGCUACAGGAAUACAUUCUCUGGAACAAGAUCAUCCUAAUGGAGAAUUUAUUGAAUAUAAAGGUCAUCAUUUUGUUUUUGUCACCUAUCGUAUGAGAACUGAAUGUGAAGUGUGUAAUCAUCCAUGUUAUCAUUUACUAUCUCCUCCACCAUGUCUUCAAUGUACACGAUGUCGAGUUCGUUGUCAUAAACAACAUUAUGAUGAUGGAGAAUUUAUUCCACCAUGUCGAGUUUAUGAUACAUUAACUGUCAAAGAAUUAUUAGUUAUGUGUCCUAGUGAUAAAGAACAAAGACAUUGGAUUGCUAAAUUAAGUAAAAAAAUACCACGUCCUGCAUUUGAUUCAACUAGAUCACGUACGACAUCAAUUCAUUCACCUACUCCAAGUGUUAAUUCAUCUACUUCAAAUCUAUUUUCUAAUAUUUCUGGUCAAUCAUCAAAAGACAAAUCAUCUACACUUCCACCUCGUGCUAAAUGA